UUGAUGUCGAGAAAACAAACGAAGAUAUGAGCGACAUUGAUGAAAAAAAAUACUCAGACUUUCCUACGUCCCCCUGGUCACCCGGGUAUGUGUAUCUGUCUGAACACGCCCUAGUUGACAUCCUCUGGGCGAACGAAGAUACCAAGCAGCUACUAGAGCGUAUUCUGCCUCUCGACAAUCCUUCCAAGACUGCAAUGUUUGAGUGUGUACAGGGAACAAAAGGGGUUUUGAUUCAGGCUCUCUUUUGUGACAUUGGAGGCGAUCGCAUGGUUCUUGGAUAUCGAGACAAAGUAUCCCUGCAGUCACAGGACAAGGAUCUAACUCGGUUCAAACUCAAAGGAACGAUUUCUACCAACGGUCUAGUUCUGAAUCUACUUGCCUAUGACACAACCCAGACGAAGAGACAGCAGCAGUCUGACGUAGAUGAAGAAGACCCCAGCCAAGAACUGGAGCUUUCUCAGGGAUUUCUCAACACGACGUGUUCAAAGGCAGCCGGUGAAGACCUGGCAGAUGAAGACUAUGCUAACAUAAACUGGAAGAGGAGCUCCAAACUGCUUGAAAACGUUGAGUUCACAUUCAACAAACCAGGGCGGUGCCCAUCCGCAAACCCCACAACUAUCGUCGGAUGCGAUCCUGGUAUUGUUAACGCCCUUACGCUUUCCUCCCUGGAUCCUCACAACCCUAACUUGCGGCAAACGGUAAAGGUGAGAAGCAGGUUCUUGUACCUCCCCGUCCUCCGCUUCAAUCACCUGUUGAACAAAAGGAAGCGUGAAAAAGGAAUGAUUGAGGUUGAGAGCGCCAUCCCUGUGUUUGGAAGGGGUACGUACAAUGAGUACUUUCAAUGGAUGAGCGAGGAGUCCCAGACACAGAUAGGAUCAAAGAAUUUGGAUCGAGUGUUGAAGAUGCUCGGGGAAAAAGGAGUGUUUGUCGUCGGCCUAGGGUCCUUUGAAAGUAGUAAAGGAGUUCCCAGCAAGCACACUGCUAUAACGAGACACCUUGUCACACAGGUCAAAGCACGAGGACACUUCGCUGUAGGGGCGCACGAAUUUUACACCAGCGCCCGUUGUCCCCGACCCCUCUGCGAUAGCUUUUUAGAGACGGUGUACCCUCGCUCUAAAUAUUGCCGGACAUGUAAGGUAUUCUUCGACCGUGACGCAGUAGGGGCGGAAAACAUCGCAAGAAUCGGUCUUGCUCAAAUUGAGAGGCAAGAGAGGCCUGCAAAGUACAAGCCCACGGAAGAGUCGCCUGCUCCGGCUGCAAAGCGCGCACGACGCUAGACACAAGUAUUUGGGUGCCGGCACAC